CAGGGACUAUCUGAGAGAGCGUGGGAGAGAGCCAGCAUGUGCAUCGAGCUACCAAGUAUCCAGUGUAGGAACAGUUACUUUCUGAACAGCUCCACUUGCAAUGUUCUGGGCAAGAGAUUUUCAAUAGGCGGUUCUAGUCUCUGCUGGGCAACCCCAGAGUCCAGGAGGAAGCAGGCGCCUGCCCGUCAAUCUCUGUCAGCCUCAUUGUGCAACAGCAUUGGUUAACAGGAAGUCCCUGGCCAGCCUCCUAGCAGAGCCAGUGAGUCUGGCUGAGAAGAUGGAGUUGGGUAGAAGCUCCUCAACUCCCCGAGAAACUGUUGCCCCUCUUGGGGUACGUGGGGCUGGGCCCAGAAGCUCUUCACUGGGGAAGCUUCAAGCACUUCCCAUUGUGCCAGGUGCCCACCUAGGGGCUCCUGGCAGCCCAGCUUCAGCAGGAGACAGUUCCUUGGGGGAGCCGACUGGUGCCAUGAAGGUCCCAAACAGGGACAGUGGGAUUGACAGCCCAUCAUCCAGUGUGGCCAGUGAGAACUUCCCCUGUGAAGAGGGCAGUGAGGGCUCCCCAGGCCCUGCCAUACUGGGGCUACACCCUGAGGCAGGUGUGGACAGCCAGGUCCUACAAGACACCUGCCAGGAGGAAGAGGAUAGUGGUGUGGGUGAGGAGCCCGACCCUAAGACCACCCCUUCCAGGCCAGAGGAGAAUGUCGGCUUGACUCAGUGCUCUGACCCACAGAAGCGGCUACACAUCGCCCAGGAACUCCUGAACACAGAAGAAGCCUACGUGAGGCGGUUACACUUGCUGGACCAGGUUUUCUGCACCAAGCUGACUGAAGCAGGGAUCCCUCCAGAAGUCAUCACUGGCAUUUUCUCCAACAUCUCUUCCAUCUACCGUUUCCAUGGGCAGUUCCUCCUGCCCGAGCUGCAGAAGAGAAUCACAGAGGAGUGGGACACAAACCCUCGGCUUGGAGACAUCCUGCAGAAACUGGCCCCAUUCCUGAAGAUGUAUGGCGAGUAUGUCAAGAACUUUGACAGGGCAAUGGGGCUGGUGAGCACAUGGACCCAGCGUUCUCCGCAGUUUAAGGAUGUCAUCCACAGCAUCCAGAAGCAGGAGGUGUGUGGGAACUUGACGCUGCAGCAUCACAUGCUGGAGCCUGUGCAGAGGGUCCCCCGCUAUGAGCUGCUGCUCAAAGACUACCUGAAGAGGCUCCCCAGGGAUGCCCCAGACCGCAAGGAUGCUGAGAGGUCCCUGGAGCUCAUCUCCACAGCUGCUGACCACUCCAACGCUGCCAUCAGGAAGAUGGAGAAAAUGCACAAGCUCCUGGAGGUGUAUGAGCAGCUGGGUGGGGAAGAAGACAUCGUUAACCCAGCCAAUGAGUUGAUCAAGGAGGGCAACAUCCAGAAAUUGUCUGCCAAGAAUGGCACCAUGCAGGACCGGCACCUCUUCUUGUUCAACAAUGUGAUGCUCUACUGUGUACCCAAACUAAGGCUCAUGGGCCAGAAGUUCAGUGUACGGGAGAAAAUGGACAUCUCUGACCUCCAGGUGCAGGAUAUUGUGAAACCAAAUGCAGCACACACAUUCAUCAUAACAGGAAGAAAAAGGUCCCUGGAGCUUCAGACUCGGACAGAAGAGGAGAAGAAAGAAUGGAUUCAGGUUAUUCAGGCCACUGUGGAGAAGCACAAACAGAAGACUGAGACCUUCAGGGCCUUCAGCGGUGCCUGCAGCCAAGAUGAGGAGCCCAGCCUGUCUCCAGACCAGCCUAUCAUGAGUGCCAGCUCUGUGGAAACUGCAGGGGUAGCCGACAGCAAUGGGGGUACUGCAGGGGUCGAGUCCAGAAAGUUGUCCUCUAAAACAAGACGUGACAAAGAGAAGCCUGGAUGUAAGAGCUGUGGUGAGACCUUCAACUCCAUCACCAAGAGGAGGCAUCGCUGCAAGCUGUGUGGACAGGUCAUCUGUAGGAAGUGCUCAGAGUUCAAGGCUGAGAACAGUAAGCAGAGCCGUGUCUGCCGAGAGUGUUUCCUGGAAGAACCCUUGGUCCCCGCAAACCCCACAGAGACUCCCACAGAGCUCAAACAGAAUGCAGAGAAGCCUCCCUCUGUGGAUCCUCGGCCUAGCCUGGUCUGUGGCACCCUGCGUCUGUCUGACAAUGGUACAGCCUGGUGUGAAGUAUGGGCAGACAUCCCUGAGUCAGACCCCCAGGUGCUAGUCCUGAUGGCUGGCAGCCAGGCUGGCAGACUGCUGCAUACCAUCCCACUCUCUGGCUGUACUAUAACAGUGCCCGACCCUGAAGAGGGCCUGGAGGCAGAGUAUGUGUGGAAGCUGCAUCGGGGCCUGCAGACCUGGUGGCUGAGUGCCCCCUCCACAAAGCUUCAGCACUGCUGGCUGGAAGCUCUGAACACUGCUGCCCGUGAGGACACAGCUGGGGACGGACCAGGUGCCUCGAAGCCCCAAGCCUCAGCAAGCACAGACACUCCAUGAGCAGAGCCUCCUCCUGUUCUUUCCACUAUUGUGUUUGACCUGUGUUCUUUUCGGGUGACCUUAGAAGUCACGUGAGGGAAUGAAGGACUCCUGGGACCACUGAGGAUGGACUGAUAGCCCAGAGGAGAGUAGCAGUGGGUCCAAGACCACUCAGCAAGUCUUGGGCUUCUGACUCCAGCCCCAUCAUUGUGGUCAGAGCAGGGGAGGAUGGCCACUGCAAAGCAAAUGCCAUCUGAGCAGGCUGACUGGUAAUACCAGCCCUCAAAGGCACAAGGAGGCCAGGUGGGCACUGCCCAGGGGUGAGCGUGUCUAACCUGGUGUGAUGUCACUCUGGGGAAGGCAGAGAUGCGGGUAGCCUGACCUGUAUCCACUGUGUGAGCUGGACCAUGACCUGGGCUCCACCCCCUCUGGGCUUCACUUGCAUACUCUGCCCUCUCCUGAAGCAUUAUUGCUCAUCUCCUAUUCCUGCAGAGCCCUUGAAGGAAAAGGAGUGAGGGCCUUCUUAUCCUACCAGCCACACUCAGAGACUGGGGAGGCUGGCUCUCACCCCUGUGUGGCAGGUUUAAGAAAUUUCAGGCUGGCUCCUCUGUGGGCAUGUGCCACGCUUGUCAGCAUAACUAAAUGCUGGCAGUCAGCCUCAAGACCUUCAAACCCACUCUUCCCAGGAUUCCCCUCAAGGCAGGUGGCUAGAAGAGGGACGGUAGGUAAAGGUAACAAAAUGGCAUGGGCCACACACUUGUCUGGGAGAGCAGUUCUGUAUCCCAGAUGCUGUAGUGAGUGGGUGAGUAAGCCAUACGGCAGGGUGGGGAUCAAGAUGUGGGGAUGUGACAAAGGUCAUGGGGCUCAGGGUGUGGCCUCUCUAGGAGUAGGACAUUUAGAGAAUAAUGAUGGAGUUUUUGUCCUUCAGGAUUGCAGCCCACCAGCAUCAGCACAGCACUGUGUGGAGAUAACUGGGCAGGUAUAAGGGCAACAACCUGGAGCGGAGAGGGGAUGUAGAGCCAGCAGUGAGGGCCGGGUACAGGGAACACUGGGAGGCUCAGAUGAGGUGGGGCCUCACGUGAUGUGGGGGCCCAGGUAAGGCAGGAUGGCGGUAAAGUGGGUGGAGCAGAAGUGAGGUGGACGGGAUACAGGUGAGGUGUGAGAACACAGCUGAGUCUACGUAAGAACCAGCUGGAUGGGCAUGGUUGCCUGGGGAUUGCUUGCAAACAGCUGGUCCUCUGCCUUACACUCUCCCUGCUGAACUGAAUGUCCCAGUCCACCCCGAGGAGAGAAAACAGCAAAACAAACAGAACUCUUCUAUACUAGGAGGAAUGGGGCCAGGGUCUUUUAGCUACUACUGAGUAAACGUAGCAAAGUCCUUCCUACCCAGCUCCGCAUGGGGCAGUGGUGAAGGUGGUCCACAUGCAACAGCAAACCAAGGGGGCACCUUCCUUGGCUGGCACACACUUCGUGGCAGGCACACCAGAUGGACACAAGCGCUCGGCCUCCUGACAUCCUCUGCUGCUUCCUUCUGCUUGCAGAAGUUCUGGCCUUUGCGUUUCAAGGAUUCCAAGUGUCCAUCCUCUGAGGAAUCAGAGCCUCAGGAGGAUGCCUGUAUAUCCUGCCCCCAGGAUAUGAACUAGUCGGCUUGCAGUUUGGGGGCCCUGAUGCUACCUGAGCAGAAAGGCGCAUGAGUUACUUUUCUUGUUGCAGUGACAAAGUAUUAGACAAGAGCACCUUACAGAAGAAAGGGUUGUUUGUCUCACAGUUCCUGAUGAGGAACUGUGGUAGCAGGAGUGCUGGCUGCAUUCCAUCCACAGUGGGAGAGCAGAAAGGGAUGAAUGCCAGGGUUCUACCCACUUUCUCCUUUUAAUUCAUCUCGGGCCCCUAAGCCAUGGAAUGUUGCUGUUCACGUUUGGGGUCCGUUUUUUCUAAUCAAGUAAACCUUUCUGGAAACA